AUGUUACCACUUCUCUCUUUUCUGUUUCUGGGUAUACCGCUCGUGGCAGCUUCAUCUUCCCCUGAGCCCUGUGCUCUUAUUACAAAACAAAUUCGCGAACAUCAAAAGUACAACAACUCCGCAUCCGUGCAAUUUCCUGGCCAACUCGCCGAGGAUUGUCUCCAGUCCAUGCCUUUCUACCCUGAACUUGCCGAUCCCUUUCUCGAAGAACUUGGUAAAUACGUCCAGUGGCAGUCCACCCUCGAGACUCUCAAAAACCCUCCUGAUGCCUACAUGUCCUCGCCUACUGACAUACUGGACGGCCUUGAGAUGAUCCGCAACACCAAAUACUCAAGCCAGUGGCAGUUUGAUCAGGCAAUCAAGGCCCUUAUCAACAGCGCCAAUGAUGGCCACUUCUACGUGGAACUAUGCUCCUUUACUCCCUUCACUUUUAUGCGCAACACGGCUUUGGUGUCUGUCUCGACGGACGGCAUUGAGGCACCUGAACUAUACACGCUUACGGACGCCGGGCUUCUGAACAGAGCGGAAGCUGAAGUCUCUCCCGUCGUGUCAAUCGAUGGACGAGAUGCUAGCUCGUACCUGAAGGAGAUCGAAGAUCAAGUGCUGAGUCAAGAUCCUGAUGCGCGUUACAAUACGCUUUUCUUUUCCUUCUCUGGCAAUCCCGGUGGUGUUCUUGAUGGACGUAAUGUGUAUCCUGGCUCUAAUAUCACUACGCUCGAGUUCCGCAAUGGGUCUACCUUCGAGGUGAAGAACAUGGCCGAACUUAACGACCCUGGCUUCGAGGCUAGGAACGGCAAGGACGUCUUUGAUAUGUACUGUCGACCAACACAAUCAAAUUCAUCAGACAACUCGAGCACCUCGGAACCGGAUGUUGAGCCUCCUCUGAAUUCAGGCCCUGCCGGUUACCCCGAACCACUGAUCCGCGACCCCUACAACCAAAUGAACGGUUAUUAUCUGGACGAUGAUACUGUAGUCAUGAUGAUCCCUUCAUUUGAUGGAGAUGGACUGCCCCCGAAUCAGUCGCUUACAUUUGGCCAUUACGCAACUAAGAUUGUAUCAAAGGCCCUGGCAGAUGGCCGUACGAACCUAAUCAUCGACGUCUCCGGCAACCCGGGUGGGGAUGUUGACAGAGCCUUCAACCUUUUCAAGCUGCUCUUCCCUUCCGAAUUCCCCUAUUCGGCCAACAGAUUCCGACGUCACGAGGUCUCUGAGGGUCUCGUUAAGAUCUUUUCAGCCGUCAACAGAUCGACAGCCUUGGAGAACGUCCCUAACAACGUCGACUUUAUGGCAUACUCCGAAGCGGUGACCCCAGACCAGGAGGCCGGCUUCGAGUCAUAUGAAGAUUUUCUUGGCGACACCACGGAGUUGGGCACCCCGGUCAGCUCACUCUUCGCCAGCUUCAAUUUCACCGAGGCAUCUGGCAACAGCGACACUCCUAUUCGUGGGUACGCUGGCCGACCCCUCAACAGGACGCAGCCAUUCAAGGCGGGGAACAUUCUCAUCAUUGGCGACGGAUUGUGCGCUUCGACCUGCUCCAUUUUUGUCAACUUGAUGACAAAUAUCGGCGGUGUUCGGGCAUUGCCCUUUGGAGGCCAUCCUAAUGGACAGCCUAUGCAGAUCAUGGGAGGUGUUCGUGGUUCACAGACCUUGACAUUCGACGAUAUUUCAACGGUGGUGAGCGCCGCUAAAGCGGUAUAUCGGGAGACGCCCGAGAAGCUGGAGUUUAUAACAAAGAAAGAAAACGAGCGACUAAUGAAGGUGGCUCCUCGGCCGUUAGAGGAGUUUCCGAUUAAACUCGGAGCAGGACAAGUCAACUUCCUGAAUGCCUACCAGGAGGGGGACGAUGAUCUCCCUCUUCAGUUCCAGUACCAGGCCGGUGACUGUCGUCUUUACUAUACUGCUGAGAACAUCUAUCAUCCGGAAACCAUAUGGAAGUCGGCCAAAGAGGCCAUCUGGGGUAAUAGGUCUUGUGUAAAGGGCUCGACCGGCGGCACAGGCUCCCUUGAGGGCAGGAAGAAGGGCAAGAACGAGUCGGAGGGUGUUUAG